AUGGUGGUUGAGGAGGAUAAGGAGUUUAUGGAGAGGAAGGAGAAGGUGGCGGAGUUUGAGCAACAGCUUAGCAAUUUGUCUCAGCAGGCUGAGUCACUAGUAAAAGCUCAGCAGGACAUGGGUGAGACUAUGGGGGAGUUGGGGUUGGCCUUUGUGAAGCUGACCAAGCUUGAGACCGAGGGAGCCAUGUUUGAAUCACAAACAACACGAGCCACUGACAUGAAAAAUGUGGCUACUGCUGCUGUAAAAGCUAGCCGAUUGUACCGGGAGUUAAAUGCGCAAACAGUCAAGCAUUUGGACAAACUCCAUGAAUAUCUCGGGGUCAUAUUAGCAGUCAAUAGUGCUUUUUCAGACAGAUCAAGUGCUUUACUGACCGUUCAGACUCUUUCGUCAGAAUUAGUUUCCUUGCAGUCAAGGAUUGAGAAGCUUGAAGCUGCAGCAUCCAAAAUAUUUGGUGGAGACAGGUCCAGGAUGCGGAAAAUAGAAGAGCUAAAAGAAACUUUAAAAGUUAGUGAGGAUGCUAAAUCUUGUGCAGUCAGAGAAUAUGAACGCAUCAAGGAAAAUAACAGGAUUGAGCUUGAAAGGGUUGACAGAGAGAGGCACGAGGACUUUAUGGGCAUGUUGAAAGGAUUUGUUCUUAAUCAGGCGGGGUAUGCUGAAAAGAUGGCAAAUGCUUGGGAGAAGCUUGCAGAAGAAACCAGCGCGUACGAGAGAGACGGCAACUGA